AUGAAUGGGAGAUUACAGGGGGGAUUUCAAGGUGUUAAGGGUCUGCGUCAAGGAGACCCUAUUUCUCCAUUACUUUUUGUACUGGUAAUGGAAUAUCUCACCCGUUUACUGCAGCUAGGAGCUACUCAAUCUAAGUUCAAUUUCCAUCCUCUGUGUAAAAACCUCAACAUAAUAAAUCUCUGCUUUGCGGAUGAUUUAAUCAUCUUCUGUAAAGAAAAUAGAGACUCAAUUCAGUGUGUAAAGCAGCUUUUUGAGGACUUCUGCAACAGCACAGGGCUGAAGGCUAAUCAAAGCAAAUCCUCUGUCUUUUUUGGAGGUGUGCCGAGCCUUGAAAAAGUUCAUUUGCUUCAGAUUUUACAGAUUAAAGAGGGAACUUUUCCUCUUAAUUAUCUUGGUGUGCCAAUGAGACCAACAAAAUGGAAAGCGGUUGAUUGUGAUGUGAUUCUAAAAAAGAUUAAACUUCGGCUUCACACUUGGGCUAGUAGGCACCUCUCUUAUGCUGGAAGGACUCAACUUAUAACUUCUGUUCUAUUGGGGUUACGUAACUAUUGGAUGAAUAUCUUCAUGCUCCCUCAAAGUGUUAUCAAGGAGAUAGAUAAGCUUUGCAUGUGGUUCUUGUGGGGUAACAAUGGAACCCGAAGUCACUUACAUAGAGCUUCUUGGUCCAAAGUUAGCUUGCCUAAAGCUUAUGGAGGGUUGGGUUUUGGUGAAGGCACUAAAUGGAACAAAGCUAUGCUUGCUAAGUAUAUUUGGGCUAUAAGUCAUCAGCUUGAGGUGUUAUGGGUUAAGUGGAUCAAUGCUGUCUAUUUAAGAGGUCAAAAUUUCUGGAAAUAUCAACUUAAAGCUGACUCUAGUUGGUAUUGGCGCAAACUGUGCCAUAUCAGAGAUACAUUUUCUGAAGUGGACAUAAAUGCGGCAGCUAGUCAUGGGUACUUCAAGAUUGGUUUGUUCUAUAAAAGAAUAAUCCACCAAGAUCAAGUUAAGUAUCAUCAUUUUGUGUGGAAUAGGAUGAGUGUGCCUAAGCAUCGAUUUAUUAUUUGGCAAGUGGUAAAUGACAACUUACUCACCCGAGACCACUUGCAAAAGGUAACUCUCUGUAUUCAAUCUUGGUUAGGCUGUAAGUGGCGUCUUCGACUCAAAGAUUGGACUUGUUGGAUUGAAGAUAGGAGGAAGGGUGUGAAGUCAGAGGAGCUCAAGCUAGUUUGGGAAGAGAAAGGAGUAGAAAAGUUGGCAAGAAAUAGUGGAAACAUGCUGAAAUAUGCAAUUUUGCUAAGAGGAUUGCUGCAGCAUUCUGGAGCUGCGUGGUCAACUAUAGCCCAGCUGGAAAAAGUCAGUGCUAAGUGGCUUUGCCAGCUAGCCUGA